AUGCCCGCCAAAGGCACUGCGCCUUUUGCCACCUUCUUGAUCGUCGGUCCCGUGUGCUUCUUCCUCGGAAUCCUCUUCGCCUGCUUCCCCUACGACUACAACGUCCUGUGGACCACGCCACCCACCGAUCCCGCCUUCCCCGACUCCGAUCCGCGAGCCCGCUUCUUCGACCUCCAGGAAAAUCACCUGCGAUUCCUCCACGCCUCUCCACCCCUCAUCUCCCGUAUUCUGCACAUUGUAAUCGGCACCGGUCUGCUCGGCUUCCUCCUCAAACUCUUCAAACCCACCGAAGCGAACCUUCUCUUCGAUGGCGCAUCGCUCGUGCUCUACAUGUGCGGUGUCACAGUCUACAUUGCCAAUAUAGUCAAGGGUUUGCGCACUGUUACUGCCGGCGCGUAUGGAGCUCCUCCGGGAUUGAAGGAUGGGGAGGGUGUGGUACCGGGGACCGAGGCGGAUUAUAUCGGCCGAGAGGAUAGUUUGAGGGUCAUGUCGGCUAGCAACACGAUUUGCGCGUUGGUUUUGGUGGGCGUUUUGGUGUUGCAGGCGGGACAAUGGUACGCGCAGAGGAAAGAGGCGCAGGAGAUGGAGGAGAUGGACAAGGCGAGGGAUGAGAAGAAGGCCGCUAAAGCUGCUGCUGGAAAGGAGGGUAAGAAGUCGAAGUAG